ACGUGGCUAUCUAGGUUAAUUAUUUGUAGGUCAACUAAAGGAGUAAAGUUAUACUAAUUGUUUAUGGUUGAUUCUCUACUUAGAUUAGCUAUGAGUCAUUAAGCAGUGAGAACAGAAAAUAGUCAAAGCUCUUCAUAUAGCUGACCUACUUUGUUUCUCCUCUCAACAUUUCUUUGUUAUUAGGUGAAAUAAGCCAAAAAGUUUCCUACCUCCAUCUUCUCUUGGGAUAUUUAAUUAACUAAACUUCAAAUAUGAAGCAACAUAUAAGUAUUUUAACUUAUAAAUAAUCGUAUACUGCACAUUACGUGAGAGAGUUUCAUUUGUAAGUUGUUGAUAAAAAACAAUAGCGUUCUGUGUAAAGUAACAAUUGACAACAAAUGACAGAAAAUCAAAGAAUUCAUCCAGUUGUGGACAUGGAAGCACCACCACCAACAAGAACAACACGUCCUUUAGUGCCUCGAGGCUCGUUUAAAUCAGAAAAAGGCGAUCCAACGCGGCUUUUUCAGCAGCCAACAGUGAACCAGCCAGUCAGACGUACCACUCCUGUAAUGUAUUCAAGACCACCCACUAAGAAGAGAAGUUGCAUUUGCAAAUGCAUUUGCUGGACAAUUAGCCUCAUCAUACUCCUACUCAUCAUUAUUGCAGCAAUUGCUGGCAUUCUUUACCUUGUUUUCAAACCAAAAAUCCCUCAGUACUCUGUGGACAACCUCAGAAUAUCAGACUUGAGGCUAAAUUUUGAUAUGAGCCUCUAUGCAAGAUUUAAUGUCAGAAUCACUGCUGUGAACCCAAACAAGAAGAUUGGAAUCUACUAUGAGAAAGGAAGUCAUUUGAGUGUGUGGUACAAGAACACACAGCUUUGUAAAGGGUCUCUUCCCAAGUUCUACCAAGGUCAUCAGAACAGAACAGUACUCGACGUGGCCUUAACUGGGCAAUCAGAAUAUGGUAAUACGUUGAUGUCUGCAAUUCAAGAGGCAGCACAAACUGGAAGAAUCCCAUUAGAUCUUAAGAUUCAAGUCCCAGUUAGCGUUAAACUUGGGAGGCUCAAGUUGAGAAAGGUGAAAAUAUUGGGAGAUUGCUUACUGAUUGUCGAUAGCCUCUCUGCUAAUAGUUUGGUCCGAAUUAAGGCCAGUACUUGCAAGUUUGGAUUGAAGCUCUAAAAGCUUCUGCAUUGUAUUCAACAUGUAUGUUAGUAAGUAAUUUAGGCUUCUAGUUCAGUUGUCGUGUAUUUUAUUUUAUUUUUGGGGUCUCAACUCUUGUUAGUGAGGAUGUUAUCCAUAAACAUUAGGAGAUUUCUAUUAAAUUCAUCUUCAUUAUUCAUGUUGAUAAGCCAACCAUUGGCAGUUGGUUACUACUUUGUUAUGCAGCUUUAAUAUAAAGUUAUUUAUUGCAGAAAAAAG